AUGGCAGCUCUCGCCAGCUCUCUGAUCAGACAGAAACGGGCAGUGAAGGACGACCAGGCGAACCGGCCGAUCGCCAGCAAGCGCAGGCCCUGUCCGAAGAGCAACAAGUCGCUGUGCCAGAAGCAGAUCCUCGUCCUCAUCUCCAAAGUGCGACUAUGUGGCGGGCGAAGAGGAAGGUCAGACAAGAGGCCAGAGCCUCAGCUGAAAGGCAUUGUCACCCGACUGUACAGCCAACAUGGCUACUACCUCCAGAUGCAGCCGGAUGGGACCAUGGACGGCACAAGGGACGAGAGCAGCUCCUUCUCACAGUUCAACUUGAUUCCUGUGGGCCUGCGAAUAGUGGCGAUCCAGGGGGCGAAGUCCGGCCUCUACCUGGGCAUGAACAGUGAGGGGUACCUCUACAGCUCCGAGCACUUCAACCCAGAGUGCAAGUUCAAAGAGAGCGUGUUUGAGAACUACUACGUCACCUACUCGUCCAUGCUGUACCGCCAGACCCAGUCGGGCCGGGCCUGGUACAUCGGCAUCAACCGCGAAGGGCAGGUCAUGAAGGGCAACCGGGUCAAGAAGAACAAAGGAGCUGCCCACUUCCUGCCCAAGGUCAUUGAAGUUGCCAUGUAUAAGGACCCAUCACUACAUGAGGUGGGGUCCAGGGAGAGCCCACCUCGAAAGACAGCAAAGACAUCGGACUCGCCCUCGAACCACAAGGGGGCGUCCACGGCCGAUGCCUCGUAG